CUCAGAAAUCUUUCUUUGGAUGAGUUAAUUAGCAGUUGGAAUGAAUUGACUGUGAAUGCCAACAAGAAAGCUGCUAAGGUAAAUGAAUUGGAAGAAAAAGUUGAAGCAUUGAAGGUAGAGUUGGAAAAAAGUGAUGACAGAAUAGAAGAAUUGGAAGAGAGGGUAGAUAUUGAGGUUGAAAUGAAUUUAAAAGCAUUAGACAAGUCAGCAGAAUGGAGGGAAAAACAACUAAAAGAA